AGACAAACUGAUGAAGGCAGAAGGCAUGCUGGGUACGAUUCUUUCUACUGUGUUCUGUUAACUUGAUUUCUCGUUCUAUUAUCCGCAGACUUUCUUUCCAGGCAUGUUGACUUGAUCCAGCAUGGCCAACUCUUCAAACUGCAGCUCGGCUCUGACAGACUACUUCCUGUCCAGCGACGGUCUGGACUAUGAGAUCCCUCUGGAUGAGAUCCCGGACACCACGCAGGGCCUGGCCUUCUUCGUGGCCACCAUUGUCAUCGCUGUGGUGCUGGUGGUCAUCAUGCUGGUGUGCGGGGUCGGAAACUGCCUGUUCAUCGCCAGCCUCGCUCGCUACAAGCAGCUCCGUAACCUGACCAACCUGCUGAUCGCCAACCUGGCUGUGUCGGACGUGCUGGUGGCGGCGGUGUGCUGUCCCUUCCUGUUGGAUUACUACGUAGUGAAGCAGCUGUCGUGGGACCACGGCCUGCUGCUCUGCGCCUCCACCAACUACCUUCGCACGGUGUCACUCUACGUUUCCACCAAUGCGCUGCUCGCCAUAGCUGUGGACAGGUACAUGGCAAUCCUGUACCCGCUCCGUCCUCGUAUGAAGUACCAGACGGCGUACUGCGUGAUCCUGACGGUCUGGAUCAUCCCCGUCUUCAUCUCCAUCCCCUCCGCCUACAUGGCCUCAGAGACAACGUACCCACACACGGAAGGAGGAACCUUUAAGACCUUCUGCGCUCAGAUCUGGCCUGUGGAUCAGCAGGUCUUCUACCGCUCCUACUUCCUGCUCAUCUUCGCUCUGGAGUUCAUCGGUCCAGUGACCGUCAUGGCGGUCUGCUACAUCCAGAUCUCAAGGGAGCUCUGGUUUAAGGACGUCCCCGGUUUCCAGACGGAGCAGAUCAGACGGAAGCUUCAGAGGCGUCGGAGGACGGUGGUGGUUCUGAUUCUGGUGCUGGUGGCGUACAUCCUCUGCUGGGCGCCGUACUACGGCUUCGCCCUGCUGCGGGACUUUUAUCCCACGCUCAUAUCCCGGAACAGGAACUCCCUGGUGGCUUUCUACAUCAUCGAGUGCAUCGCCAUGAGCAACGGGGUCAUCAACACGCUCUGCUUCAUGAGCGUGCGGAACACCAACAAGAAACUGAAGAGGGCAGCGAAGUUCCCGCUGAAGCUGGUCACUUUAGUGACCUCCAAGUCCAUGUACGAAGGCGAGGCUCGGACCUCGUCUCUCCGAGUGACGGAGGACGUGGAGGACACCCGGCUCAGGUAGAAGAGACUCAGAGGAUCUGCUGCAGAACUCAAACCACAUUAUCUGUUUGGAGGUGGCCCUGCUGUAAGAUCUGAACCCUGAGACUGGUUCACUGGAGAGAUCAACUGGACCCCGUUUGUAGCUUCACUGUGUGAGGACUGGUACAGGAUGGUAUGGUAGUGGGUUAGCCAUGGACAGGAUGAUGCUGUCCAGGAGGAACCAGAGGGGAGUGUUAGAGAUAUCAAACU